AUGCCAACUGCAUUAGUCACUGGAGGCACAGGCUUCAUAGCCCUUCACGUCAUCAAGCUGCUCCUCGAGCAGGGACACAAAGUCCACACGACCGUGCGCAGUCUCAGAAACCCAACAAAAUGCAAGCCCAUCCUCGACCUACAGUUCCGAUAUCCGGGACAAAUCUCCCUAUUCGAAGCAGACCUGACGAAAGAUGGUUCCUUUCUUCAGGCUAUGGAGGGUUGUCACUUUGUAUACCACAUUGCAUCGCCGUUCUUAGUCCCCUCGCAAAUUAAGGAUGGGCUACGCGACUGCGUGGAACCAGCUCUCAGAGGAACCAGGAACGUGCUGGAAUCCGUAAAUCAAUGUCAGUCUGUACAGCGGGUUAUAUUGACAUCAUCAGUGGCCGCUAUGUACGGCGAUUGCAUCGAGAUCCAUUCCGUCAAUAAAGGCACUCUGAUGGAAUCUCUAUGGAACGAAACCAGCAGCGUCACCAACAACCCAUACCACUAUUCCAAGGUAAUGGCAGAGCGCGAAGCCUGGAAGAUUCACGCCGCCCAGGAUCGCUGGGACCUCGUUGUCCUGAACCCAGGGUUAGUUCUCGGACCAUCAAUGACGCCCGAGUCCGUCUCAGGCAGCCUCUUCAUGAUCGAAAACAUGUUCCGUGGGAAUAACCGCAUGGGUGUUCCGGAACUGUAUUAUCCUGUGGUUGAUGUGCGGGAUGUGGCGGAGGCGCAUGUCAGGGCUGGGAAUAUGCCUAACGCUAAUGGGCGAUAUAUUAUCGCAGGGAGUGGGGAGACAUUCAGCUUGUUGGAAUUGGCGAAUAUGGCCCGUUCUGUGCACCGAGAUCCGAGGGUCUUGCCUAAUCGCAAUUUGCCCAGAGUAAUCGUUUACUUGGCUGGGCCUUUUGUAGGGGUCUCGAGGGGGUGGAUUUCUCGGAACUUGGGCGUGAGGUUUAGUGUUGAUAAUGGGAGGAGUGUGAGGGAGUUGGGCAUGGAAUAUCGGUCUGUGGAGGGCGCGAUUAAGGAUCAUUAUGAGGCUUGGGUGGAAAGAGAAAAGGGUCGAUGA